AUGAACUAUCUUCUACGCAGUGCCGGUAUACCAGAUAUUAAGACAUUUGUCGACGAAUUUCGAAGAGCGUAUGAAGAAGAAGGUGAUAAUGAACAGUUCGAGCAUGUCAUCGUGCAAACAGCAAAUCAGACGCCGGAGAACGUGAGUUAUGAACAAUUAUUUCGAAAAUUAGUCGGGUUUGGUGAUGGAUUUCGUGUAGCAGAACAGGAACCAGCUGUUCCUCCUCAAACAAUGCUCUCGGUUCAAUCGACUCCCAUUAAUUCAUCUUAUUCAAUGAACGCUCUCUUUCUAAAACCUGAAAGCACGGCACAAGUACCGCCGAAGCCUUUACCAUUCCAUAUGGAUCCAAGCAAUGGUCAACAAACGCUCCUUUAUAGAGUGGCAGCUGUGGGAGGUCAUCGAGAUCAUUCAAUGGUGUCUGAUAUGGACGAACCGCUGCUCGGUAAAUCGUCAGUAGAGGAUCAUGCGGACUGCAGAGCACUGUUUCAGAGGAUUGCCUAUUCCGGCAGCGGAUUUCAAAGUCAAGGAGGUCGAGAUGCGAUGCUGGCAGACUCACCAAAUUUGCCACCUGGUGACCUUGAGGUUCUGUUUCAGCAAAUUGCUCAUCGAGGUAGCGGUCUGAAAGCUGGUACUGAACCGCUCCAACCUAAGCUAGGUUACAUUAGCAGCGCGCGUCAGGUAUAUAAGAUGUUUAAAGGUGAAGGUGGAGGAAGCGAAGGCCUGUUGAACAAACAGUUUUACACGCUCUUCAAAAGUUUUGACAAAAAUGGUGAUGGAAAAAUAACAAAAGUCGAUAUAGAAUUGUUUCUGAAAAGUAUUGGUCUCGGUUUCAUCAGCUCGUACAUGGCAACGGCUCUAUUUAACGUGGUGGACACGAAUCAUAAUGGAUCAUUGGAUUUUAUCGACCUGUUAGCGUUGAUUGGUCUUCUUACUGCAUUAUUGACAGGAUUGGGCGUUGAAAUGUAG